GCGAUUCGCCCACAGUGUUAAAAGUUGUUCAAAAGACACAAGUCAGCAUUCAUUUCCAGUCCAGUCUCGGAACAAGCUUCCCCGGCACUCCCAGGAGCCAAAGAAACUGACGUUUUGAAAUACAUUUCAUUUAGACAUACUUACCAGAAGAUCUUCAAUAGCCGUUGUCUUUGUAUUGAUAUUCGACAAUUUAGUACGCCAAGAUGAAAAGACAACGGCUAUUGUCGUCAGAGCAAUCAACAAGUCAGGCACAGAUGGCAAUCAGAGUGAAAGGGAAUAAAAAGUGCCACGACCACAAAGACAAUGAUGUAGUUUUUCUGUGCCAGGAUUGUAAAGUUUUCAUUUGCUUAACAUGUUCAUUAUCAAUUCACAAAGAACAUGUGGACAGCUUUCUUGAACUUUCAAACAUAAAAUCACAAAAGCAGCACAUUAUUCAGGAAUUUGUCAAUGAAACUGACAACGUAAACAUUCCGAAACUGAACAAGGAAAUCGUUUUAUCUAAAACAAGAAUGUCUUCAUGUAAACCUAUGUACGAUAAACUUCGCAAAGACGUCUCUGAAAAUGACAGUGAAUGUAAAUUGCAGCUGGACGAGAUUGCAGAUAAUUAUAUUUCAAUAUAUGAUAAGAUGGAAUUGGUGUCCACGGACAUCAUUCAGUCACACAUCACAAACCUAGAGGAGAGGUUGGAUGAUUUGAAGAAACUCUGUUCCGAGUAUAAGCAGACUGUUCAAUCAGGAACAACUGUACUCAUGUACGACUCGGUAUCAGAAAUCCGGGAAAUGGAUUCAGACAUCCCACCGCCACCUGAUUUAGACAUGGCAGAUUUUACUCCAGGAAUUGAUAGACGAAGUCACCUGAAGCAAGCCAUGGGGACAAUAAAAAUCGAUACUCGCCAGUCAGAAUCAACAAAUAGUGGUAACUCCGACCAACUUCCAGUAGUCCGUCCAAAACAGUCUACAGAGACUGGUCAAGCGUCCACUGAAAAAGUCCGUCCAAAACAGUCUACAGAGAGUGGUCAGGCGUCCACUGGAGUAGUCCAAUACAAACUUUGUGACCGUCCUAUUCUCGUGUCAAAAUUUGCAUACCCGGAUCAAAUCACAUCAAUCUGUCCGACACCUGCUGGCCGUACAUGGCUGUGUAGCUUUACCAGCAACAAACUUAAGCUCAUAGACAACAAAGGUCAGGUCAUAACGACGUUUCAACACAACACCAACAUCAGAAACAUCAGUGUGGACCCAACCACAGGUCGUCUGUGGUUCUGUUGUUGGGACAGUAGGACUAUUUGUGAAAUAUCUAGUUCUUGUUCUGUAGUUAAAAGGUUCAAUAUUAAAGAUGCUAACCCAGGCAGUCUGUGUAUGACCAGGGAAGGUCGGGUAGUAGUGGGUACAGAGGGUAAACAAAAGGGGUACAAGGUUAUGAUGUUCACAUCCAACGGGAGGGUGUUACAAGAAGCCAUUUUGGAGAAGUUAGGGGCGGGGGUCGUACGGUCCAUCACGCAAUGUUGUGUUACAGGUAACAUAGCUGUAGUGAGUAGUAAACUUAUCAGUGGAGACGGCAGUGAUCCAGGAAACUACAGGCGUCACAUCAUUGUGUACAACCCAACACUCCAGCCUCUGGUCCACUACCGGGGGGAGGGGAUAGAGGCCCGGGGGGAGGUGAGAUCAAGGACGUUUGGUCCAAUCGCUGUUGUAUAUGACAGUAAGGGUAAUAUUGUUAUUGCUGAAUGGAAAAGGAAAACAAUAGAACUGAUAAGUGGAGCAGGGAAGUACAUAAAAACACUUCAUACAAACAAAGGAUCUCAAGGAGCAGUCGGUAUACAGAAGGAUGAUGUGUUGUGGACAAACUUAGAGUUUGAUACAGGAAAGAUGGGACUAAAACUCCUCAAGUAUUAUAGUGACUGAGCGACUUAACUUAAAUUUGAGUGAGGAUACAGACAAUUUAUAUAAGUGGACUUUAAUUACAUUAAUCUAACAUUUUUCUAUCAGUAAAAUCGGGCGUGACAUAACACCUACCUUACAUAUAUGGAUAAAUAAGAUAUUUAUUUACCCCAGAACACCCAUUUAGUCCUAUCUAGGUGUUUUAUUCCGUCAGUUUUCUUAGUGACACAAAACUGUGUCGGAGAAUUCCACGUUUUCAUAAAGUAGUGCGCUGUGGCCCUACACAAGACAUGGUGUCAGGGCCAGAGGAAACUCUGGUUACCCCUACCUUCGUCCCAACCUUGUUUUACAUGUUACUACUUUAUAUUCAUGAUACCACCAUUGUAGAUAUGUGAGUAGGUCACGACACUGUCUAGACCUGUUAUGUCGCGUCUAGUCUAGACCUGUUAUGUUGCAUCUACUGAAAUGAAAUCUGAAAUCGACAUCCUAGUAUCUGGUUUCUGUGUGUAAACUGACUUCCCUUACCACCUGCAGUGGAUAGUUCCAGAUUUGUUUUACCUACAAAAACUUGGUAUGACCCAAAAUUGUAAAUCUGAGAUAUAUCAUGUGAAAUAACAAGUGUGUGAAAUAGGGUAAAUAUAGGUCAGGGUCAUGUACCUGCAUUUGUAAAUAUGAUCAUUUUUAUGUAAUAAAUAUAACUGAAUUUUGAA